AUGUUGUUCAAAACCUUUAUUUUACUGGUUUUACUGGCCUUCGUGACUGCCGAAAUCAUUCCAAAAGGUUUCUGUUAAUAUCACCACUCCAUGUGGUUUCGAUUGCAGCGGAGCGCAAAUGGUUCUUCGAUAAAGAGGAAGGUGACCCGUGUUCCGUGAUUUCGUGGUGCGGCUCGGGACUUCGAUGCACCAGGAAUCCUGUAUGAUUUUUGCUGGGAGAAUAAAUCAAAGAUCCAAGUUUUUCAGGAGAAAAUGAAGAAACCUGGCAUGUUCUGCAGAGUCAAGGCUCCGCUUUUCUACGGAUAA